CAUUCAAGGGCUUGUUCUCAUUGUUAUUAUCAUUAUAUAUAGAUGAGCAAAGCACUAGACCUAUCCUCAGUCACACAAAAGAGUAAAGAAGAACAAUGGCUUCAUCUAUGCUCUCUUCCGCUACAAUGGUUGCCUCUCCGGCUCAGGCCACUAUGGUCGCUCCUUUCACCGGACUUAAGUCCUCCGCUGCUUUCCCAGCCACCCGCAAGGCCAACAACGACAUUACUUCCAUCACAAGCAACGGCGGAAGAGUUAGCUGCAUGAAGGUGUGGCCUCCGAUCGGAAAGAAGAAGUUUGAGACCCUCUCUUACCUUCCUGACCUUACCGAAUCCGAAUUGGCUAAGGAAGUUGACUACCUUAUCCGCAACAAGUGGAUUCCCUGUGUUGAAUUCGAGUUGGAGAACGGGUUUGUGCACCGUGAGCACGGUAACACCCCCGGAUACUACGAUGGAAGGUACUGGACAAUGUGGAAGCUUCCCUUGUUCGGUUGCACCGACUCCGCUCAAGUGUUGAAGGAAGUCGAGGAGUGCAAGAAGGAGUACCCCGAAGCCUUCAUUAGGAUCAUCGGAUUCGACAACACCCGUCAAGUGCAGUGCAUCAGUUUCAUCGCCUACAAGCCCCCAAGCUUCACCAAUGCUUAAUUUCCAAACCUCUCCCCCUUUGCUUUGUUUCUUUGUAAACAUCAAAACAUUAUCCCCCACCUUUGAUUUUAUAUCUUUCUGCUUUUCUUCUUCUUCUUUUUUUUUUAUAUCUAAAGUUUUAAUUUCCGGAUUUAACGUUUGUUUUCCGGUUUGCGAGACAUUUUCUAUCGGAUUUCUCAAAUGUCUGAUGAAAUAAAUAUGUAAUGUUCUAUAAGUCUUUUGA